AUGUCCGAGUCGAGAAUCAAGCGGAGGCGUCUCGUGCUUUCGUGCUUUGAGUGCAAUCCAGAACUUUGCCAGUACGAUCCCCGUUUCUUGAUGGAAGCCGGUACGGAACCAGAUGUGGGUGGCGUAGCUCGUGCUCAUCAGCCUUGGUCCUCCACCAACAACUCAAUGAGCGAGUUACCGUCAGCCACUUUCGACCACUUCGACGCCUUGCUUAUCGGCGAGAACUGCCAACCAAGCCCUUGGCUACCUUUUCAACUUGAUCUGGAUCUCGACAGUUCCUCUUCUGGGAAUGUGUCUUCUGGUGGUUUGUCUUCUGGGGGCUUGGAUAAUGAGAGCCUCAUCGGAUCCGUCAGAUCCCACAUGCAACAACAGCCAGUCACAGACCACAGGAAAAGCUUGGGUAACCAGUUUCGGGGCCCCAGCCACUCAAUGAGCAUUAUUGCUUCAUUCCAAGACUUCUGCAGGUUUAUGAAACAGACUAUUGAGGAUCACCACAUCCUCGGCGCUCCGCAAUGGACUACCUACACGCCCAGUGCAGACAAGACCAUUCCCUCCUACUCCAGAGAUGGUGUAGAACAAGUCAUCAAAAGUCUUCUCCCAGCAGAAGAGCGCUGUCGCCGUCUCUCAAAAUGCUACCUCGACCACUUCACGGGGAUCCACGCCCUCUUCCACGUUCCCUCUUUCUGGCAAGAAUACCAAAGUUAUUGGAACGGGACGCAUGAUGAUGCAUCUCGGUUCAAUGCGGUACUUCUGGCUGUCAUGUCAUGCUCAAGGUGUCUUUUCGCGGACGAUCCGCUGUCAUUCGACGGAGACAGUUCUACAGCCAGAAAUGAAGCCGUGGGAUGGUUGCAUGCUGUCGAAGCAUGGCAGAGCUAUCAAUCGGCAAAAAGUACUACGAUCGAAGUGUUUCAGCUUAAGUGCUUAGUACUCUUAUCAAAGACUCUAAACGAUAUCGACCGCGAGGACCACUACACCGCUUCUCAAACCCUGCUCGCUGAUGCUAUCUCAAAUGGUCUUCACCGAGACUGGAGAAUCCUUGGUGUCGACGAAUCCAUCUAUGAGAGAGAGUUACGCCGCAAGAUAUGGUCCGCUAUAGCUGAGCUGGAUAUUGCGGUCUGCAUUGAGCGCGGCGUCCCGUCUAUGGCCUCCAAUCUUUUUGCCGACAUUCAAGAACCAAAAGGCUACAACGACUGCGAUUACCAUUCUAACACUGAGUUUGAGCCCCCUGAUCAUUCAGAUAGCCAGCUCACAGAUAGCUCGUUUGCAAAAAUUGCACACUCGAUCCGAACGCUUCGCUACAAUAUCAUCGACUUCGUCAAUAAUCCGCAAAAACAUAGAUCGCUUGACCAACCCCAACUCGUGGAGUUACGGGUGCAGAUCUCCGAAGCUCUAGAUCGUAUACCUAAAUGGCCAAUCUCGGCACCGGACGUAGCGGGACGCAAUCAAGGGCUGAUAUAUCGAGCGGUUUCAGAGUUGUAUCUGCAUGAACUCCUGCUUCUGUUGCAUUUACCGUUCGCCCUCACGAAAGAUACCGCCGUUUCUUCAGCUAUGGACACCGACUUUCAACGGUUCAUUUGUGUAAGAUCCGCUAGCACAAUUAUCAAGAUACACGAGCUGGUAGCGCACGAGGGAUUUAGUCCGAUAGCCUUGGGUAACGGGCAUCUCUUACGAGCAGGACUAUGUUUGUGUCUCCUUGAGGGGGGCGCAUUAGACUACGGUAUCACUUCCCUCCCUCUUUUCCCAGCCACACAGAUUGAACUAGUCAAAUCUGGCCUCGGCAUGGUCGAGCAACACGUUCUCAGCCUGGGCACCGAUCUCCAAUCUCUGUGGCUCUUUUCCGCUGCCAGCUGCUACGUCGAAUCACGUAGAGAUCCUAGCACAAGCUCCGCUACCAAGAGUCGUAUCACUGACAAUAUUGUUGCUUUGUUCAGCAAGAUGUGCUGGGCACAAGAACACAAAAGCAUUCGUCUUGGACUAUCUGAUGCCCACUUCGCGCGCUACAUAACGCAAAUCCACGAGGUAUGCGAGGCUGUCAGUCAGGUGGUGAGCAGUAAGACAGAAUUGGAUAUGAGUUCUGCGCUGAUCAAGGUCGGAGCAAUCUCUAUGAACUCCACACAUUGA